CGUCAAGGCUGCGAGGACUGCGUCGCUACAGAACAGAAAAGCUCGACCAAUGUGGACAUUGUCGAGUAAUGGCAUAGCUCGAUAAUGGCGACAAUUGGAGAACCGGGAGGAUGCUUGACGUGAACACGCUUUGGUCUGCUGGGCUCGACCAAUGUGGACGGCUGGAGGCUUGUUUUUCUCGUGGCCCGAUAUGCCGCAGGUGUCCUCGUCUGAACAGACAUUCGGGUGGGAUUCAAACGAAACCGCUCUCGCACCGACAGUUUCUAAAGUCUGAUUAUGACGAGGAUGAUGAUGAUGAUGAUUCCGUUAGGCAGCUUCAAUGAUUCCCUCGGUGAGUCCGGUUAUGGCGACGAGUAUUGUGAGAUCGAGCGUCCGCAAUCAACGCUGAGUGCCGCUCGUGGAGAUUUCCCGAGUACACUGUAAAGUACAGCGAGUGAGUCACUGACAUGCCACCGCGAUCUCGGUGGCCAAAUGGGAGACUGUUUCCAGUAUCUCGCCCAUGGCCGGGCCGACGAAUGAUCAACUCCUGCGCGAAUCACUCGCGCAGAAGUUGGAUCUAUAGUAUUGUUAACUGAGACCUGCGAUUCGCUGCAUGCGGACAAUCGGGGCAACUACAGUGACCGACAUAUACAUUAUUCCCAUGGAGCUGCCCUUUGUCAUUGACCUUGACUCGCUCUAGUGCACGAGGAAUGAAGCUUGCGUCAACAUACGCUCGGAACCGGAUCCUGAAUCAUCAAUCUCAGACUAAAGACUACGGACUCCAGCAAUCUAUUUCAUCGUUUUAUCUGUGCACCAGGUUUGAAUCAAGAGCAAUCCGAUGAAAUCUCUCGUUUCAUCGAACUCUGAGCCGAAAGCUGGAAAUUGGCAGCUGGCUGGCUAGCGUUGCCGCUAAUUCGCAGCAGCCUCUUGGGAUCUACAUCCGUAAAGUGGACAUAGCCGGCCGGCCUGGUGAAACGCACGAGUUGGUAGCCUUUUUAAGUCCUGCCUUGGUGUUCCAUUCCAGGACGGAAGUGAAAUCAUGAUGACUGCAGGGAUUGAGUCCCGUGCUCUUUAUUAAACUGUCGAUGCUCAGGCUAAAUAAGAGAAACAGAAAUAGGCUCAAGAUUUGUGCCGUCGGCGGUCUCUUUGAGUUAUUCCUUGAAAUUCGAAGGUCUGCGUGUUUUCCGUUUUCAAUGACCGUCUGAGGGAUUCGGCAAGAGAUCAUUCGAUCCCCGAGAUGCGCACGGGAGUUUUAUCUCAACGAUGCUUUGCUUUGCUCUGCCUGCCUGCACCGCAACUUCGUCUCUUCAAAGUCCACAAUUGGACGUCUUCGAACGAGAUACCCGACGCCAUUCUCAUGAUUCCGCACGCAUCUGGACAGGGUAUUAUUCGUUCCAGCCAUCAGGUUCCGUGUCUUUGGUUGGACGUAAGGUGCCGGGAGAGACGAUCGACCGGGAGCUCUACCCGAAGCCACGUGAUGUAUUUCUAAUAACGUGACGGAUGGAUUCUUCGACCUGCAAAUGAUUAGUUAAGCGCACGGGAUUGUCUUUGGGAUGCUUUGCUUCUGCCGGAUUCGAGAUUUUCUGCUCUUGUACUCGAAGUCUACCAUCGCACAUCUACGACGAAAUACUCGUACGCCUUUCUGAUGAUUCAGGUUUCAUCUGGACAGUGAUUCGCUCCAGAUUGAAGGUUCCGGGGCUUUGGUUGGACCUCUGGAUGGAUGCGAUGGAAUCUUCGAGUUGCAAAUGAUUACUUAAUCGCACUUGCCCGAUUCCCAGACCCAGACGUGAGCCGAGCCGAGGAGUGGAGAGCUGAUGAUGACCAAACUGCUGCUGACGACCUCGAAUUGCUUUAAUGUUGUGAGACUCGGAGCAAACUUCUCUUGAUGGCUGCGAGCACGUGUUACCGAGCCCUGUGCGAAAACUGAUUGAUCGGCUUGGGUGAAGAUUCAGAACCAUACCAAUCAAAUGAUUGCAGAAUCACUGCGCAGGUUGAUGCCGAUCUCAGAGAACCAACUCCUUCGAUGUUUCAGCUGGCCAGCAUAUGGAGCGUCGUGGACCUUUUGAAGAUAUUAGAGGUGCCUUGACGAACCUCAGGUGGGGGACCACAGAAAGAAGCGCGAAGAUACUCAUAGAGAGUGGGCUCGAUCAGAAAUAGAAACCUUAUUUAUGUCUCCAAAGGUUGAGGGCACCCUUACUUAUGUGGACCCAACUCCUUCACAGUAAACACUACUUUAGUCAUCGGAUGUCUAAUUUGGUAGGCCACGGGGCUAUGGAGGCGCUCUGAAUCAACAACUCAGAAAGAAGAAGCUUGCAUGAAUCUCGGGUAACCGCAGCCCAUGUUACAAGAUCAGACUGUUGUGUACGAUGACCAUGUGUGCUGAGCCGAGGAGAUUCGCACUUUUGAAGGCAGGCUUCUUGGUGCUGUUGCUAGUCAUGAUUCCUCUUCCUGUUGCUAAAAGCGCGAGGUUACCUGUGCCAGAUGUGCCAAUCAUGACAACCAAGGGUUGCAAGACUUGCAGUUACUGGCUAACUUCCCCGGAGGAGUGCCAAGGACAUUGGCCAUCGGACAGAUGUUACGAUUUUCUCCGGAGAAGUUUGAAAGAGUGCCCAGAUUGCAGAACCAAUAACCACAUUGAUCUGCUCCUGUACUGUAUUGCAAAUUCUCGACUCAGCCGAUCUGAGAUUCUUGAGGUAGGAUGUUGGGCUAUUGCAGAAGACUUUUAGGGUAGGGCAGAUUGAGUGUAGCCCGGGUGGACUCUUCUCCACUUGCAGAUCCGUCGAUACUGAUGAUUGCACAUACUCUCUGAAUCUGGAAUUGGCUCAACACAUGCGAAGUAACGUGCACUUGGUAGCUGCCAGCGCUCUAAGAGAAAGCUGCAGCUGCUGAUCACAUAACACCAGCUUGAUCAUGAGAGCUAUCAGGAUCAACAAAACGAUUGUGACCACUACACCAUAUAGAUGAAUCGGGACCACUGAAGGCAAGUGGCACCAUGAGAUCGAUGGAAAGCGAUGACUUGCUCCGGAUUCAGCUUCAUCUCACUAAUAAAAUUACGGAGGAGAUUUGUUGUUACAGUCAUCACACUUGCUUCUAGCCUUUGCUUAAGCGUUAGAAGGUCUAUCUAGAUGCUAGGUGCUCAGAAGAAUCUGUAGGAGGUCAAGGAAGUUGAGACAUCCUGCUUAAAAGCUGGUUUCACGACAGUGACUGUUGAAGAGGCUCGCCCACUUGCAAAUACAUAGCUGCUACAUCUCGGAGGCACAUUGCAACCUCGCGAGUGUUCCAGCUCACUGUCAUGAGUUAGUCCAUUGACCCCAAGAAAUACGCCUUCAUCGUUUCUGUGGUGUUAGGGAAUAAUUCCGGUCAAACCAUAUCAAAAGAACGACGAAUUAGAGCGGCAUCUCGAAAGCAGCAACGGCCUUCGCCUUAUGAAAAACUGUGUCCUUUCUGUGCUAACCAUAUGCACCGUCGGUAGUUUCUGUACGAACUCUCUCUCCCUCUCUCGGUAUCCUCUUAUCUUCGUCCUUCGGCAUCCACUAUUCAAGUCAACGAGAACCUUCUUAGCUUGUCCGUUGCAAACUUGUUUGUCAUGCUAUUGGAGAACAUGCUCCAUGUACUGUACUGGAGUAGCCCUUCCUGCUAUAGACCUUGUCUAAUGUUGUCAGACCUCGAACUUGGCUGGGACUUUGUCCUUUCCCCUAUUGAAACCUUCUUUAUUGUGGGUAGUUAAAGUGGGACAGCUCUGCCAGAAAUCCGAAGAAUUUCUCUGCAAUACGCAGCUGUAGGCAUUCGACCUUGGACUAGUCGUACUUCUAGACAUACAAACAUUUGGAACAUAUAGCUGCUAUAGAACGAGUUCAGAUACCUCGCUGUCCCCUGUCUUGUUUAGCGGAGGGAGAAGCCGAAUCUACUUAACGCUAUGGAGUUAUACUUGAAGGUUUUAGAAAUGAUAAACAUGCACACAUG